AUGGAGGUCUUGGGUGAGGCUAGUGAAGUGGAAUCUUCACUGGACAUGGUGCCGAAUCCGGUUGAGGAAAUGACUACCUCAAUUGAUGCUAAUUCAGAGGCUUAUAAACUUCAAGAGGUUAGGGAGAUAGAAUUGUUUGUAGGAAUAGCUUGGUGGAUUUGGCAUGAUAGAAAUAAUGCUUUUCAUAGGGGUAAGGAGCUGCAAGCUUCUGAGUUGUUCCACAAAGCAGUAGAGUGGAUAGAGGAAUGGUCCAAUGCAAAUGUAAAGGACCAGCAGCCUUUGCAAUCUAGUGACAAUGAUGCAGGUUCGUUAAUUUGGGAGGCUCCUCCUCCUAGUUGGGUGAAGCUUCAUUUUGACGGUGCAGGUGAUGUAAAAAAUGGAAGGGUUGGUAUGGGUGCAGUAGUUCUUGAUGAAUUUGGAAGGAUGCAGGGUGCAUUGGCUGUUCCUGUUGAUGGGACACUUAGUCCGUUGGCAACAGAAGCUGUAGCUUUAAGGUAUGGAGUCCUUUAUUGUAAAGAGUUGGGUUUUACUAGAGUGGAGAUUGAAGGUGAUGCCUUGAAUGUGUUGAAGGCUUUAGACUGUAAUGGCUUUGACUUGAAUGAGAUUGGGGCUAUUAUUGAGGAUGUUAAACAUGGAUGGUAG